CAAUAUCGUCUGCAGACAGAAAUACAAUUUUCCCAUUACAGCAUCUCAUUGCAGAGGCUGCUUAAGACGGAGCGCUUGUCCGGCGCGGAUUACCGAGAGAUCAUUGGCUUUACAACAUCCACCUUUCCUGACCUCCGCCUCAGGAUUUCAUGUUACCAGAACGAUUACAUACAUGAUUUUGUUUUCUCACCCCCGAGGAAAACACCUUUUUAUACAAUUUUAAAAUAUUUUUCAUUUUAUUGUUGGGGUGACACUUUUUUUUUCCCUGUGAGAUUUUUGUGUUUCGCUUUCUGGAUUUGGAGACUCCAUCCAAGACAAGGCGCUAUGCUGGGCUUGGACAUGUGCGAGUUUGGUGGACAGCUGUUUGAGCUGAUGUGGCUCAUGUUGUGUUACAGAGACUUCAUGGCAGACAAAGAAGCAGACGUGCACGAAAUUGACGAAGCUGACGUCAACUACCAGCCUCCAGCCCAGAAGUCCCUGCAGGAAAUCCAAGAACUAGAUAAAGAUGACGAAAGCCUGAAUAAGUAUAAGAAGGCAUUGCUUGGCUCAGGACCUGUGGAGAUAGAUCCUUCUGCCCCAAAUGUUCAGGUGACACGUCUGACUUUGGUGUGUAAUGCGGCCCCUGGACCUAUUACGAUGGAUCUAACAGGAGACCUUGAAGCUUUGAAGAAGGAGAACUUUGUGUUAAAGGAGGGGGUUGAGUACAGAGUGAAAAUCCACUUCAAGGUUAACAAGGAGAUUGUUUCUGGGUUGAAAUAUGUUCAUCACACAUAUAGGAAAGGAAUUAGAGUGGAUAAGGAUGUGUACAUGGUGGGCAGCUAUGGACCUCGUCCAGAGGAGCAUGAGUUUUUGACCCCUGUAGAAGAAGCACCAAAAGGCAUGCUGGUGAGGGGCUGCUACCACAUCAAGUCCUACUUCACAGAUGAUGACAAAACCGACCACCUGUCUUGGGAGUGGAACUUAAAUAUAAAGAAGGAGUGGAAUGAGUAGUCCCAACGAUGUCCAUGUUGGGAUGGGAGAAAUGUAAAAAAAAAAAAUAGAAAAUUAACAGAAAGAAAAAACACAAAAUGAGCAAAAAGUGUAAAUUCUAUAGCAAAUUGGAGUCCUUAAAUAACUCCCUUUUCAUUUGGCUUUACCAUGACUGAGGAAAGUGCAAUCAAUCAGCCCAAAAAACAAAAAAAAACAACACAAGUUGAGCCUUCUUCAGUGUGUCCUCAUAUUUUGAAGGCAAGUGUCCAAAUGUUCAAGUAAAAAAUUGACAGAUUCACUUUCCCAAGCAGAGUCCAGAAUUUGGAUCAGUUUGCUAUAUUGUCAUGUUAAGGGAUUCUGCUACUUUGUUUGACGGGAUGAGCACCCUUUGGGUUGGGAAAACGGAGAGAGAUGUUAAUCACGAAAUGUGGGGUGGGAUAUAAAAGAGAAAUGGGGAUCAAGCCUGGUGGGUUGUUACUAUGAAAAAUUGGACAGAUAGUCGUCACCUGUAUUUUAAAAAAUAAUUUACUGAGAAAAUGCCUAAUCUUUUACUUGAACAUCUCUGUUAGUGUAUCUUGCCUUGCUGCUUAUUUUAAAGUCCAAUAGCUUGAAUAAACAUUGCUUUUUUGA